GGAUCUCCACGGGCUCGGGGCCCCUACGGGGGGGGGCAGCGCGAGCGACACGAGGCGGCCUGGGGAGGAAGCCACGCCCACUAGCCUCGGCGGCGCGGAGGGGGACAGGCCAGCGAGGGACGCUCCUUCCUUGUCGCCUCGCGCCUGCGCACUAGAAGCGCCUCGGCCCCGAGUCCUCCGGCUCGCCGUCCCUUCCCAGCAUGCCCUGCGCGGAGCCUGCGCGCCCGGCGGGAGUUCGGGGAGAUUCGUGGCGCUAUGGAGGCGGCUGCCGGCGCUUCGGAUGUGUUCGACGCCAUCGUGAUGGCCGAGGAGAGAUUUCACGGUGAAGGGUAUCAAGAAGGUUAUGCUGAAGGAAGUCAUGUUGGUGUUAUUGAGGGAAGGAGGUAUGGAGCACUACAUGGUGCCAAGAUUGGGUCCGAGAUUGGAUACUAUCUUGGGUUUGCAUUGACAUGGCAGCGUCUACUUAACAGAUCUGCAGAAGAAAAGCCCAGUAAAAAAAUAAAGGCCCUGGAAUCAUUAAUAGGAAUGAUUCAGAAAUACCCUUAUGAAGACCCCACUUAUGACAAACUUCAUGAAGAUUUGGAAAAAAUCAGAGGAAAAUUUAAACAGGUUUGCUCAUUGCUAAAUAUUCAAUCUGAAUUUAGAAUCAAUCCUGAAAGAUCUGCACUUACUUUUUGAGCAUAACAGAUGAAGAUAAACAUAUAUGAACAAAGAAGAACGGUUAAGGAACAGAUAUCUGGGGGACUGAUUAUAAUAAUAAUAAAGGCAGAUAAAGUCAGAAUAUAAACAGGUUUUUAUUUUACAAAAAGGAGGGUAGAAGAGUUAAGCAGUAGUGGAAAGGCACCCUUUAAUGUUUGCUGUGUCUCAGUUUUAUUUGUUCAUUGCAAAGUCAGUGUAUGUCCUGUUUAAAAAACAAACAUGCAAAACCUCCAUAUUCAUGCAACACUAAUCCCAUAUUGAUAGUUUGUCUUUAAUUUCUAUGGGAAAAAUCAGUUGCUUCUAUGAUGGUUUGUUUUAUGAUGUUUCUCCUUUGUUUAUUAUCCAAAGGAUGGAUAUUUCAAAACAUGUAUUGAUCACUACGAAUUUACACAAUAUGUAUAUUUACACAAAUAGGUAGAUAUUUUCCUUGUCUUGAGGAGCUUACAAUAAAGAGCUAUGUUAUUUUUGAUGGUGAAAGGAUGAAACAGAGGAUGGGAUAACAGUGAAGAGGAGGUGUAUUACAGACAUGGUUCUCAAAACAGCAUAUUGCUGCUCUGUUGUUGAUUUUCUGUAUUAUUUCCAUGAGCUCUGACACCUGAUGUCUGAUCCAGUGCAGAAAAAAUAUACUGUCAGCUGAAAGUGCUGAAAAUAUUUAAAAUAAAGAAAGAAAAAAGAUUGAGAUCUACCACUUAGAAUAACUAACUAAUGGUGAGGUGUUUGAGGUAAUAUCUUUUACUGGGCCUCUUCACCCACUUUGUGUCUCUCACAUCAUGGGACCAAAAAUACUGCAAUAAUUGAGUGGUAAAUUGUUACCAAGAUGGAAAAUGUAUUUUUCAGUUUCAUUCAGAAAAUGGAUGCUGGCAGAAUAUGUAAGUAAAUAUUCAACUAUGUUAGUUUAAGAGAAACAAAUUAUUUUGUUCAAAAGAUAUUCUGUAUUUUGGUGCUAGGAUAUUUAUGUAACUUUUCACAAAUAGAAUAUAAUGUGAUCACUUCUAGAAAGAAUUUCACUACAGUGUAGUGUAUGUAUAUCUGUGGAGCUGCUUCAUUUAUAAGUCAGUGAGCAACAUUCCUUUGUUCAUUUUUUAAUUAAUUUUUCUACAUACAACUGUACCAAAAUUCAUCAUAAUACACAAAGUAAAUAAAGAGGAUUACAACA